AUGCGCAACUUCGCAGCUCUGGGUCUGCUCGGCGCAGCCGNNUCCCUGGCCGCCGCUUCCGACGUUGUCGACCUUAAGCAGGACACCUUCAAGGGUUUCGUCGAGGAGAACGACCUCGUCCUCGCAGAGUGUAAGCACCGCUCCCUGCUCCGCUAUACCACGAGCACGCAUCUGACAACAUCACACANNGUCUUCGCCCCCUGGUGCGGACACUGCAAGGCUCUCGCACCCGAGUACGAGGAGGCUGCCACCACCCUCAAGGAGAAGAACAUUGCCCUGGCCAAGAUUGACUGCACCGAGGAGGCCGACCUCUGCCGUGACCACGGUGUCGAGGGCUACCCUACCCUCAAGGUCUUCAGAGGCCUCGACAAUGUCUCUCCCUACAGCGGCCAGCGCAAGGCCCCUGCCUUCGAUGAGGGCAAGAACACCUUCGACGAGAAGUUCACCAAGGAAGCCAUCACCACCUUCGCCAACACCGCUUCCGUUCCUCUGAUCGGUGAGGUCGGUCCCGAGACCUACUCCACCUACAUGGCCGUAANNGCCGGUAUCCCCCUCGCCUACAUCUUCGCCGAGACUCCCGAGGAGCGUGAGACUCUUGCCACUUCCCUCAAGUCGGUCGCCGAGAAGCACAAGGGCAAGGUCAACUUUGCUACCAUCGACGCCAAGGCCUUUGGCCAACACGCCGGUAACCUCAACCUCGAGGUCGGCAAGUGGCCCGCCUUCGCAAUCCAGGACACCCAGAAGAACCAGAAGUUCCCCUUCGAGGGCACUGACCUCUCCGCAAAGAAGAUCACCAAGUUCCUCGACGACUUUGUUGCCGGCAAGGUCGACCCCAGCAUCAAGUCCGAGCCCGUCCCUAAGAAGAACGAUGGCCCCGUCACUGUUAUUGUUGCCAAGAACUACGAUGAGAUUGUCAUGAACGCCGACAAGGAUGUCCUGGUCGAGUUCUACGCUCCCUGGUGCGGCCACUGCAAGUCCCUUGCUCCCAAGUACGAGGAGCUCGGUGAGAUGUUCAAGCCCCACUCCAACAAGGUCACUAUCGCCAAGGUCGAUGCCACUGCCAACGAUGUUCCCGAUGAGAUCCAGGGCUUCCCCACCAUCAAGCUCUUCCCUGCCCACGGCAAGGGUGAGCCCAUCGAGUACAGCGGUGCCCGCACUGUUGAGGACCUCGCCACUUUCAUCCGUGAGAACGGUAGCCACAAGAUUGACGCCGACGUCAAGAGCGACGAUGUUGAGACUGAGGGUAUGCCCAAGCAGGCUGAGGCUGCCACUGAGGGUGUCGCCGCUAAGGUCGCUGGUGCCGUCAAGGACGCAGUUGUCGAGAAGGCUGGUGAGGCUGCCGCUGUUGUCAAGGACGGUCUCGUUGACAGCGACGGUGAUCUUGCUGAGCACGAUGAGCUUUAA